UCAUCUUUUUUCUCAUUCUGAACCGAGAGGAAACGAGAGACAGAGGACGGUACAGGGGAGCUACGAGGGAAUUUCCAAAGCUCGAAUUUUGAGCUUUAGUGAUCCAAAAAUUCCUCAAGUAACGCCUAAUCCAUAGAUACGUCGUAGUUUAUCGAUUUAGAGCUUUAAAACGAGUUUUUGGAUCAGGAAUUUCUUGAAUUCUCGAUUAGCCAAAUUAGGGUUUCGGAGUAUCCGGAAGCCUGAUUGAGCCCAGAUUUCAUAUACGAGCUUCCUACAAUGAGGUAAUUAAUCCUCUGGUUCUAAUCCAUGAAUUUCGACAAUCAUUUAGGUCGGGGUUCAAAUCACUGAAUUUAGCUCCGACCAGGGUUUGAUGUGUUUUUAUCGAGAAUUUGACCUGGAGCCUAGAACUAACAUUGACGGGGAUACUGUAGGGGAUAUUAGGACAAUCUCGGAUUUUGAUUCCGAGUUUGUUUGAGAAAAGUGAAGUUUAGUUCGGGAGGCUAAAACCAGUGUUAAACGACCAGAACUGGUGAGGGAUUAGCACGACAUACCGGGUUUGUCGUAUCACGAUAGUUAUAUAUUGAUGCUUAGAAUUGACCUAGGUGAACUAGAAUGGCAUGAUUAGGAGUGUAUGGACUUUUCAGCUAUAUGAUGAACCAUGUAUUGUUGUGUGAUAUUAUUGACUUGCCCUAGUCGAUAUGGACCUUGUUUAUGCUGAUGAUUGUGUAUAUGUUGCAAAUUGUGGGCUUGACUGUUGAUAUGCCUUAUGAUGGUUCGAGAAGGUGAUUGGGUAUGAUUUUUCAUGAUUGAUUUAUUUGGAUGUACAAGUGAGAAAAAUAUAUAUAUCCCAUGGUGAUAUUUUGAUGUUUUAGGAGGAUGACUUGCACGAGGGUUUAUCCCGAGGAAGUGCAAUUAUACGACUCCUGUUUUACCUCUGUUGAGCCAAUUAUAGUCAGGUCAAGUACAGGUGCAAGUAAGGAAUUAUGAUUAAGCAAGAUGAGAUAUGAAUCAUGUAUAAGGAUACCAAAUAAGAGUGAUUUGGUCUCAUGGUCAAUUACAUAGUAAUUAGGGCUCCCCAUGCUAUUACUCCGUUAUGAUAUGUUAUGUCACACCCCUGACGUGGUGUUGACCGUUGAUUCAUCAUGAGAUAUGACCACACCCAGAGUGGUGUUGAGUCUGAUAUGGCCACACCCAGAGUGGUGUCAGGUUCGAUAUGACUACACCGGCAGUGGUGGGUCCGAUAUGACCACAUCCACGAGAUGUUUGGUCUGUAUUCCCGGGAGAGUAAUUAGCAUGGGAGUAGCCAGGCAGCUAUGAUUAAAACAUGAUAAGAUGCAUAUACAUAAGUCAAGGUGGUUGAGUCUUUUGCCUAUUGGGAAGUCGGAUGGCUGAGGUCUGAUCCUAGUGCUUUGGCUUGUUUGCUAGAUGUAUGGUAGGGGUAUGCUCUGUUAUGAACUCACGAUGCUAUGAUUAUCUCACUCAGCUAUGAGCCGACCCUCACUUAUUCUUUUCCUCUGCUUAUGCUAUGUGUAAGCAGAUCAUCAGCAGUAGCAGUAGCAAGUACUUACGUGUGGGCAUAGGGAGGAGUUGAAGGCAAGAUGAGGUAUUGUCUUCAACUAUUUUGUGCUUGGACUACUACUCGGGAUUUUGGCUAGUGAUCCACACCUUUUUGUAAAAAUGUUUUGAUUACGUUUUUCAUGUACAUACUAGCUUCUGAUGUAGUGUGAGAUAUCCACAGGUGUGGAAAGUUGAUGAUAUGUGUAUAUUGUGUAAUUAUGUAAGUUGUGAUGAUUAUAGCAUGUAAUAGUAUAGUAUGCAGUUGUGUAGUAUAAAACUGUGAUUAUGGCUAUGAAAAGCCAAUGCAUAUGGUUGUGAGUAUAUAUGUUUGUCUAUGAAUGCAUGGAUUCAGAUGAAUUAUUUUGCAGGAUCAUAUGGAAGAACUGUUAGCCCAUUAUGCGAGUAAUUCAUGUCGAAAUUUUAUUUUGGGUAAAUUUUGAUAAUUAAUGUAACACCUGAGGUUAAUUCCGCUGCAAUUGUAUGAAUAAUAUGAUUAGGAAAAACGUAUAGGGUAGGGUGUUACAUCAGUUCGCUUCCAGCAACUACGGUUACAGAAACUCAAAAUUUUCGGUAUGUUAUAAUUAUGUAGGGCUGGGCAAUGGGCGGGUUGGGUGAGUUUUGGUCUCAAAUUGACCCACCCGCAUACUAGCGAGUUAGAAUAAUUGUGACCCGCAAUCCACCCACAUACCUCUGCGGGUUGGGUUGGGUGGGUGGCGGAUGGGUGCGAUUGGGUUGUGGGUCAACCCGCAAAAGCAAUUCUUCAACUAGUCAUUAAGAAAGUUUACUAACAUUUAUAACAAUUUCAUAGCAAAUUAGUAAGAAUGUAUCAAUAAUUUAUGAUUUUGAUACAUUAAUAAUUUAUAGUUUGCAUUGCAAUAUUUAGUUGAUAUUAACAAUAAUUUGCAUACCAAUAUCCAAUAUCUAAUAGAUAUUGCACAACACAAAACCAAUAAUAGUAGUCAAAACUAUUUUUUUUUUUCUCCACCUUUUAAAGUAUAUGGUCAGACUGUAGUGUAGUUCGAAAAUAUGAUGAAUAUUCUAUACUAUAAGAAACAACAUUUUUUUCAUGUAAAAAUAGGAUGUGGGUCAUAAGGAUGAAUUUAUAUUUAGAUUUUUAUGUAUUGUUUAGAUUUUUAUGUUUUGAUAAUUAUAUGUCUGUAAUUAGUGAAUUUAUUUAGAUUAAUUAUGGUAUGAUUGAUGUUAGUUAGUUAUGAAUUUUGAUGAAGUUGUUUAGAAUUCUCAUGUUAGAUUAGUUAGUUGGGGUUGUUAUGGGUCUGGAUGAUAUUAUUUUUGUAGCCCUAACUACUAAUUAUACUAUACUAAUCUUAUUCGAGUUAAGCUAAUAGUUACUUAUUAUAAAUUGCAGAUAUGAGUAAAUUUAAGAAGUUUCGGCUAAUUAUACUAUGCUAAAAAAUGAGUCGAGAUUCACGUGGCUAGAACUCCGUGACAUUUGUGCAGAAAGGAUUUGUAUGGGCGGACAAACGAGAGUUGGUCAAAUUACUUAUCGGUAUCCAAACAUGAGUGCUGGCGGAGUUAUGUACGAAGAAGUUGUCAUAAAUGAUGAUGACGCGAUGAACAUGUACAGUUACUAUCUGAAAACAGGAUGCGACUUGCAGAGGUGUAUGUCGAGACCGAGCCGGUCGGUGAAACUCAUCUCACCAGUAUUCUUGUGAUAAUGGUUUUGCAGGUGGGUACGGAUGGGGUGGUAGUUCAAGCAACUACGGAGAAGGUAGUUCUGCAUGAGCUGUGUGGUGGGAAGAAUACUCGCAACCUGCUGAGACUACCCCAUUCGUUCAGCCCGACGGUGAUCAAUGGCCUGCUUGGGGCCAGAGUGCACUGACAUUGAGAACACCCUUCGAUCUGAGCGUACUUCGCAUGACCGAGAAGAUGAUGAUGUUGGUUAUGCUGGUCACGAUGAUCCUCAUGAUCCGAGCUAUCCAUUUGCCUCCAGUUUUGAGGAAAGUGAGGACGAUUUGAGAUCAGUCAGCGAGGAGGAAGAUACGGACGAUAUCGAUGACAACGAGGUGGCGUUCCGUGAGGCACAAACGCCUUACUGCACAGAGGUUCAAUCUGAAUUUUUAUAUACUCAGAACGAUGCCCCUGACUUUCUCCCUAUACAUGUGUAUAAUCCGACUGCCAAUUUGGAGGUGGGUAUGGAGUUCACUUCGAAAGUCGAUGUUCAAGAUGAUCUUGGCAAAGAAGUCAUGCGGUGCAAUUUCGAAUGGAAGGUAAAAUAUUAUGACACUAAACAACUACAUGUCAUUUGCAAGAAUGCUGGAGAGGGUUGUAUGUGGGAACUGCGGGCUAUAUAUAUGAAGAGAAAGGGUGCAUGGGUCAUUCGUAUAGUAGAGAACAACCACAGCUGUUCCUCAGCCAUACUUUCCCAGGAUCACCACCAACUUAAAGCAAAGAAAGUGGCAAGAACCAUUAAGAACUUCGAGGCACAACCAGAUAUCAAGAUCAAAGCUAUCAUGGCCGAGGUGAAGGAUCGACAUUCCUACACGAUUAGGUAUAAGAAGGCGUGGCAUGGGAAGCAGAAGGUCAUGGCUGAGGUCUAUGGUGAUUGGGACGACUCGUAUGCUUUACUCCCUAGACUAAUGUUCUCAAUGGAGGAGUCCAACCUUGGGACUGUUUUCGUGUCGUGGUACAACAAUGUAUAAAUCGAAGAUCAAGUUCGAGUACAGAACAAGUUGAUGUUUCAUCGUCUGUUCUGGGCAUUCAAGUCAUGCAUUGACGGGUAUGCCUUCUGCAUGCCAGUGAUCCAGGUAUAUUACGGUCUAAACACUGUUGUACUAGUUCAUUUUUUCAACCGUAUGAAUAGCAAUAAUAUCUAAACAGUUUCUUUUGAACAGGUUGAUGACACUUUCCUUACUAGGAAGUACAAAGGAACUCUUCUUAUUGCCACUGCGUUAAUGAAAAUUUAAGUAUUUU